AAAAUGUGUACAAAUUCACGGAUUUCACCUGUAUUUAUCUGUGUUUCGAUGAGUUUGCUCACUUUCUGUCACUGUCAAAGGAACAGGAGUUUGAAUUUGUACAAGCAUCUUCUUGACCCUGAAAGAUACGAUCCGAGUAUCAUGCCGAAUUGUGGAGAAGGGGAUCAUGUAGCUAUAACAAUUGAGAUGGCAUUGCGAGAUAUUGUAGAAAUUGAUGAAAAACAGCAGUUGAUCCGUCUGAAAAUAUGGAUUCGGUUAGAAUGGAAGGAUUGUAUGCUGCAGUGGGAUCCCUCAAGUUAUCAAAAUCGAACCGAGUUGGUUGUGCCUUAUUCCAGUAUAUGGAUCCCUGAUAUAACCCUGUAUGAAGGAGUCAGUGAUGAAGGGAAUAUGCCUCACAUGGACGUCUACAGGGCCAGCAUAAAGCAUACUGGGAACGUGAUGUACAUGUUCCCAAGCAUUGUUACGAUUGCGUGUCAAUUUAAUGUGGCGUAUUUUCCAUUUGAUCAUCAAAUAUGCAGUAUGAAGAUCGGCUCUUGGAUUUACUCUGCAAAGAAUAUCGAGAUGAAAAGUAUCAGAAACGAUGUGGAUAUUUCCAGUUUCAGGACACACAAUGAGUGGGAUAUAGUGGGGUCUGCAGCAGUGGCGCACAAUGUUUAUUACGGUUGCUGCCCUGAGCCAUACUCUGACGUGACAUUCCAUAUACAUAUAAGAAGAAAACCUCUGUUUUAUGUCAUAACUAUCAUUUUCCCCUGUUUUCUGAUCAAUUUAUUAAGUUUCAUGGGUUUUGUGCUACCGUCAUUCUCUGCCGAGAAAAUUUCGUUACAGGUCACGGUUCUCCUAUCUGUAACCGUAUUCCUGUUACUUGUUCAAGACAAAUUUCCAUCAGUGUCUGAAAAUUUCCCCCUCCUCGCCAUGUAUUUUGCAAUUUGCAUGGUACUCGUAUGCAUAUCAUGUAUUUUUUCAAGUAUAGUUUUACAUGUGUAUUAUAGAUCGUCAGAGGAACAUGAAAUCUCCCCUUUGAUCUACUCUAUGUGCUUGGACAAAUGUCGAAAGAUGUUGUGCAUAAAAUUCGAUAAUAUCCUGAAACCAGUUAAGAGUGUAGGCCCCCGUGAAGAGGAAAUACGGUUUGAAAGACAUGGCUGUUGGAAUUGCUCAAACCUUUCCAGUGAAAAUGAAAUUCCAAUGUGUUCUUCCGAGGAGAUUCCAGAAUAUUCUUCCGAUGUCAGACAACAAUCAAACCGCCAUGACUGCCACAAAUGCCACGUCACCAAUGAAUGGGAACUCAUCGCUUGUGUACUGGAUCGUUUAUUUAUGUUUAUUUAUAUUUGUUUGACUAUGAUCAAUAGCAUUGUUUUCUUCAUCAUCAUAUGGAACUACGAAGAAAGGGACAUUCCAACUGAUUAAUCUAAAAAAAAGUUUUAUGGCUUAAUUUUUUUAGGCAUUAAUAUUUAAACAUUCAUACAGC